CCUGGCAGGUUGGGCAUCGACAAAGCGUUCCGCUGGAAGGCUACAUGCAGACAACUUUCCCUGACAAAUUGCUGCAGCAAACAACAACAAACCAACCAACGCAACAGUUCUCAAUAUUAUUGAAUGGAUUAGUUGUUUUUCAAAUGCGAACAUUGAGGGAAGGGAACUGUUUUCAGAUGUGAGUUUUCAUGCGCUUUUCUUGUGUGUGUGCAUCUAGGGUCGAAAGCGCACAAGUGGACAUAAGUGACUGACUUUAGGAAGUCACUCACCAUGGCCUAUCCUCAAGGCUUUCUCUUCCAACCGUCGGUGUCUCUAGCUCUCCAUUCCUGUCCCCCGUUCAGUUCCAGUGUGAUUUUAGGAGGACCAAGGACUGAGGAACUGGGCCGGUCGUCUUCAGGCUCAGCCUUCGCCCCGUACGCGGGUUCACCGGCGUUCAAUGGUUCAUCCCCUGGCUUCAAUUCUCACCUCCAGUAUAGCGGAGAGCAGACGGCGGCACUGAACUCAUUUGUGGGCUCCGCGUACGAUCCCUCAGCGGGUAUCGCUGGCUCUUUAGAGUAUCACCCGUUCGGUGUAGCAUUGGGCUAUCCAUAUGGAGACCCUGCAUACAGGAAAAAUGCUACAAGAGAUGCGACUGCCACUCUCAAAGCGUGGCUCAAUGAACACCGUAAAAACCCCUACCCAACCAAGGGUGAGAAGAUCAUGCUGGCCAUCAUUACUAAGAUGACCCUUACCCAAGUGUCCACCUGGUUCGCCAACGCCAGAAGGCGGUUGAAGAAAGAGAAUAAAAUGACGUGGACCCCGAGGAAUAGAAGUGAGGAUGAGGAAGAAGAUGACAACAUUGACCUGGAGAAGAAUGACGACGACGAAGAGCCACUUAAGCCCACGGCAGAAAUUGGGUCGAAAAAUGAAGCAGUUGGGCAGCAUCCAAAUCCAGUGGGAAUCCCCUGUGAGAAAUACAAAGAAGACAAUAGCGGCAAUGACAUGGAACCUGUCUUAAUUGAUCCGAAUGUAAAGGACCACGGGGACAGGAGAGUUCCCGAGAUGCCACGGCCCACCACCGCAGCAUCUCCCCAAAACGCGGGCCUUGGAGUGGAAAGGGAUUCAGACUCGGCAGCCUCGGAAAGUCCACCUCCACUGAGGCGUAAUGACUCAGGCAACUCCAGCAAUGCCACAUCAGUGAUUCACUCGGCCCUUCCGGCCCCGAAACCCAAACUGUGGUCGCUCGCGGAGAUCGCAACUUCUUCGGAUAAAUGUAAAGGAUGUAGUGAUGCCUCUCAGACCGUGCCCAGACAAUUACGUACAGAGAUUCCGGGCGGUAUGCCUAUGUCAUCUCCAUUGCGAGACGCUCCUCAGAAUCUUUUCCCUCACAGUGCAGCCCUGUCCAGACAUGUCUAUUAUACGUCUCCCUUUUUCCAGGGUUACUCGAACUAUCAUGGCACUUUUGGACACCUGCAGAGCCCCGGAUCCAACGUGGGGUCAGCGACACAUUUAAAUGGAUUACAUCAAACUAUGUUACACAGAGCCGAGGCUCUGGCAAGAGACAGCCAAGCCAGGAGCCAAACACAGAUAGAUAUUUGUAAAGACUUGAGAUAUGAAAUUAAGAAAGGUAUGACACAUGUCUAGUAGCCUGUGUGACAUUUGGUAAGCUAUAGGCUCUAUAUAGACAUUUAUUUAUUGUCCAACUGGGAAAAUAAACGAUAUUUUCAGUGGGGGAAAAAACGUAUUGGGAUGCAAAUGGAACAAUGACAAUGACUAUUCCUGGGAGUCCCUAAAAAGGCAACAAACAAUUAUUUAGGAAUGUGAAUAUUCAAACCACGUGGUGAAUAAUUAUUAAUUAAAGAAGACUAGUUUUAUUGUAGUCUUUUUUAGAAGAAAA